GUCUCCUCGUAUUCCGCCAGUGAUUCCUUCAAUAUCAUAAAAACCGACUUGAAAAACCUCCGAGGUCACUUGGACACACUCACGAUGGAAGUUAAAAAUGUCAUUGAGCUGAGGGACGAGCUCCAGAAUAGAAUUAGAGAAAUUAGCAGUGUUAUGCCAAAAAUGUCAGAAGCUAUUUCGAAACUCCGUAACGAAGUGUCGGAAGAUUUUGGGGCAGAGACCAGUGAAAAGUUCAAGGAUGUCGUCAGGAGAGAGAUACAGACUUAUGACGCUGAUAAGACUGGUCGCACUGAUUAUGCUCUCGAAGCAGCUGGAGGAUCAAUCGUCUCAACGAGGAACACAGAGCCGUAUUCAACGGGGGCCUCAGUCCUCUCCCUCUUCGGGAUGCCCCUCUGUCACAAUCGAAAUACCCCACGAACCGUCAUACAGACAGGAGCUCUUCCUGGUGAGUGUUGGGCGUUCAAGGGCAGCACUGGAUCAGUGGUUAUCGAACUUCUGGGGAGUGUCUAUAUUUCCGGUAUCACACUUGAACACAUUUCACCCUCGAUUUCACCCACUGGCGAGACAUCCACUGCACCCCGAGAUUUUUCCCUCUGGGGCCUGAAACACAAAGAAGACACCGAAGGCAUUCUCUUCGGUGAAUUUACCUAUGAUAAUUGCAAUUCACCGGUGCAAUAUUUCAAAGUGGAAAACCCAGCGAAGGACCCUUACGAAGUAGUCGAAGUGAAAAUUCACUCGAACAGUGGCAGCCCGGACUACACCUGCAUCUACCGCAUCCGAGUGCACGGUACUCUAAACAGACUCAAUGAAUGAGCAAAAUUAAUGAGAUGAGAGUGUGAAUAAUUAAUCAUAUUUAACGGGUAAUUUCAUCACUCAAUUUAUUACUCACGUACAUUGUUUGCCCCUUUAACAUCCAAUAUUUCGUCUCUAGAUUUUUUAAACAUUUUUUUAUUGCAUACGCUAUACACUAGGACGCUGUUCCCGUUAAUUUAUUAAUCUCGAUCUCUCCCUCUCAUUCACCCGGCA